AGCCCCAGGCAGUAACUUUCACUGGGACUCGGGUAGAAGGCCCUGAGGGUUCUGCUCUCUGAGCCCGGCUGGGCUGCGGCUUCCGGGAGCCUUGGACUCUGCGCUCCUACCCCUGAGGUCCGAGUGAUCUCGGGUUCUGGCUUUUGAGGGGAGCCGUACCUUUUGAACCGGGUCCAGGUCCAGGAGAAGGGUUCCCAGGGUCUGUGCUGUUGAUUGUUUUGAAUUUCGGCGCCUUAGGAGCUUAUAGUUUGAGAUCGGGUCGGGAAGGGUUUUCUGGAGAUCUGAGCUUUAGCUUUCUCUAAGCUGCCAUCUUAACCGGAAGUCUCUAUGUUGUAAUUUUAACAAACUAUAAAGUCCUUUUUUCCUUGUUGCCAUUCAGUAACAUUUCUUUAGUCAGCCAUUGCUUUCUUUUCCUGGAUUAAGGAUUUUUUCAGUAAAUUUCACAUUUAUAGCAGUAUUACUCUGCACCUAGGAAUUAAAACAAGUGUUCAUUGAAUUUCACCUUUGUGCUCAACAUUAGGGUGGACCCUGUGAUGGACAUAAGAUUAGUAUAAGACAUGAUUUCUGACCUUAAGGAACUUUUAAUCCAAUUGGGAAAAUAAAACAUGCUUGGGAAAACAUCAGAAAACAAUGUAAGAAAGCAUAUGAUUUAGAACUAAAUUAUGUUGUACAAGCUAUAAAUGCUUUAAUAAAUUAUAAAAAGGAGGCAGAAGUGUUUACCUGAGUGGGGAAACUUCAAGUAAUUUGAUCAGGGCCUUUGGGAGUGAGUAUGAUUUGAAGAGGGUAGAGAAGGCUAUAAGAGGAAGAGGGGAAGCAUGAAUGAAGGCCUAGAAGCACGGAUGAGUAUAUGGACAAUGAUAAGGAGAUUGUCUUUAUUAAGACAAAAACAAUAUAUUCAUUUUAUUUUUUUUUUUAGUUUUGUUACCUUUAUUUUUAUAACAGUCAUUUCCCUUUAAACCUCUUUCCUCUCCAUUGAAUCCUUCCUUGUAAUAAUAAAAAAAAAAAGUAGUCACUGUCCCAGGGACCACAUUUUAUAUUAUAUACCAUAGUCCCAAUCCAUAGUUCCCACCUUUCUACCAAGAGAAAGAAGAUGUAAUUCCUGAUCAGUUUUCCAGGUCUCAUUAAAAUUUAUUUGUUUCAUUGCAUUUUAGUGUUGUUAUUGUUUAUAUAAUUGUCAUCAUUCUGUUUAUUGUUCUUUUGGUUCUAUUUUCUUUACUCUGUACCAUUUCAUAUACCCGUGUUUCUCAGACUGUUCCCUUUGUUAUUAGUGAAAUAACAUCUCAUUACAUUCAUACAUGACAGUUUCUUUAGCCAUUAUGCAAUUAAUGCUUACCUAUUUUGUUUUCAGCUUUUUACUCCAACAAAAACUGCUGCUGUGAAUAUUUUGUUAUACCUAGUACUUUUUUGCUACAUAUACUUAUGGCAUAUACUCAAUAGAGAAGUUGGUGGGUGACUUAAUUAGUCACUCUCUUCACACAAUUCUAAUUUGAUUUUUAGGAUAGUUAGACAAUUCCUACCAAUUCUGUAUUAGGUUGCUUAUUACUAUUGAUAAUAAAAGCUAGCAUUUAUAUAAUAUCUACUGUGUGCCAGGCACUGGCACUUAGAGUAAGUGUUGUCUCAUUUGAUCCUCACAACAACCUUGUCAUGUUGGUGCUAUUAUUAUCAUCCUAAUUUUAACAAUUCAGGAAACUGAGACAACUCUUUAGAAGGCUCCCAUUCAGUAAUAGGAAGUAAUGUUAGUUGGAGCGGGGUCAGAUUACAGAUGACACUGAGUGCUCAGCAAAGGAAUUUGCCUUUAAUAAGUAAGUAGUAAUUAGCCUGGCCAGUUCUGAGCUGGAAAGUAACAAAAAUAGUGUUUUACGAAGAUUCAUCUGACAGCAAUGUGCAGAAGAGAUAUUGGAAGUAGAAAAAUUGGUUAGAAGGCUACAGUAAUAAUUUAGGGAUGAUUUGAUGAGGACCUGAAUGAGGAUAAUGGAAGCAAGAUUGGAUCAAAGAGAAAUUUUUAGUAAUUGAUAGGACCUACUGCAUAUUGGGUUUGAAGGACAAUAGAAAACCAAAGAUGACUAUCAGAAUUUCUUGCCUUUAUAUUUUUUUAACCAAGAAUUUUAUUUUUCAUUCUCCAGUGUGUUAAAGAUCUAUUUUCUGCAUUACAUCAAGAUAUUUCUAUCUUGGGGCAGCUGGGUGGCUCAGUGGAUGGAGAGCCAGGCCCAGAAAUGGAAGGUCCUGGGUUAAAAUCUGGCCUCAGAUACUUCCUAGCUGUGUGACCCUGGGCAAGUCACUUGACCCCCAUUGCCUAGCCCUUACCACUCUUCUGCCUUAGAACCAAUACAUAGUAUCAAUUCUAAGAUGGAAGGAGAUACUCUGCCUUCCGUGGACAUGGCCAAAUGCUUUACACCCAUAAAACACCCUUUGGAAACUAUUCUUUCAUCUAUGUGGAUGCUACUCUCAACCCAGGACCCAAGAAACCCUUUAAUUUUGUUGGAAUUUUAAAUAAGAAACAAUUGAAGGAGCUUACAUUUCUGUCUUGGAAGAGUAGACAUAGCAACCAUACUAUUUGGUUUGGACAUUAUCCAACAUCCACUAUCAUCUCUCCAACUCCAGGAAUACGAUUAGUAAUGAGUUCUGCCAUAGCAUAUAUGUGUGGCCAUCUCCAUUUACUUGGUGGACUGAUACCUGUUUUGCACGCUCGACAUCCGAAAGGUACUCUGGAAAUAGAACUAGGAGAUUGGAAGAAAAACAGGAGGUACAGGAUAUUUGCUUUUGACCAUGACCUCUUUAGCUUUGCUGAUUUGGUUUUUGACCAAUGGCCAGUGGUGCUCAUCACAAACCCCAAAUCAUUUCACUACAGCAGCUCUAAACAUGAACCACUAGAGAGACUCUCCUCUUCUACACAUAUCAGAAUCUUGACCUUCUCACCAUCCUCCAUUAUGUCUGUUGAAGUUCAGAUUAAUGAUGUUUAUUUGGGGAAUGCUGUUCAACUCUCUGGUCCUAUUUACAUAUUGAAGUGGGAUCCUGAAAACUAUAAUGAAGGGAUCCAUAAUAUAAAUGUAACUGUUAAGGAUUCCAGUGGAAGAGUUGGGACCAUUGAACACCAAUUUUCUAUAAAAGGAGACAUUCCUGUUAAAUUUGACUUUAUGCCAUCAUACAUUCUCCUAACCGAUCACUAUAUUGUGGCCCGGGUUUUUUUUGUGCUGACUGUGAUGGUCCCACAACUACUCCUUGUUAUUUUCAGGUACUUCAGAGAAAUAAAACUGAACGGGUCUCUAGGAUGUAUAAAUCUGGCUGUGUAUUCCUUUAAUAUUUUGAGCAAAACGGAUGCCUUCUACUAUUCUGUGUCAUUUCUGAAUUUCUAUACUGCUUUGGGACCAUUGUUUGUUGGUGAAAUUAUCGAUGGUAAAAUGGGCUGCUGCUUUUCCUUUGGGAUAUUUAUUGAUGGGCAUUUCUUUCAAGGCAGCAUGACAUUUAUAAUUGGAAUUAUUCAGAUGCUGCUUUUUAAUUUACCCCUUUUGGCCUAUUUGUGUUGGACUUUGUUGCUGCGGUGCCAAGGUUACGUCUUUUCCUCUCAUCUCCACGGAAGAUGCUGCAAGUUUCUACCUGUCCAUAUCCUCAUGCUGCUGUUGUAUUUAUGUCAACUUUUUAACUGUGCUUUGCUAAAGUGGACCAAUGGUACUGUGGCCCUUCUCUUCUCUCCCAUGUAUGCCUGGUUUGCUCUUUUAGCCCCGAUUAUUGUUCAUUGGGCCUGGAUCCUGAGCCCCAGUGAUAUCAGAGGUUUCAUAAUGGAACUCAGAAACUAUCAGAGUAGCUUGAGGCAAUGAACAUCUUGCUGUGGGGCAGAGCUUGAACCCGCAGAUGCCUGGAGGCCCAGAUGGCCUCCAGGGAGGCCAGUCCAGUGGCUAUGCGCCCAGAAGCAGGUGAGAAGGCUAUCUGGCCCUGCUGCUUAAGGAGAGACUUGACUGCUGCUGGUGGGCCACAUGCUGAUUCUCUUCGAAUGAACCUCCAAAACCGGCCCUUAAUUAAUGCUGUGAUUGCUGCUUUUUGCUGUUUUUUCCCCAUGGAAGCCAAAGGAUGAACUGAACUUUAUGGAAUGAAAAUCCCGCCGUAUUAGGGCACCCUCGGAUUGGAGGCCCACAGGAAAUGUGGCAUUGGACCCUGAGGCGCCCCAAACUAGCAACGAGUCAACCCUGUCGGUCCUGCCCGCCCGCCCUGGGACCCGCCACACUUGGGUUGUAGAUGGUUUAAUUGAAUUUCAGGUUUUCUAGCGUCUCUGCCUCCAGCGAUGGAAUUGUUUCACUCUAAUCAAAUAAAUGGAUAAAUAGUU